GUCCUGGACAUGCAACGUAUCGCCAGUCGUGCUCCCAUUCCGGAACCCGAACUGAUCAAUAUUAUCCUCGAUGGGCUGGAUAGUCCAUCCCUUACUGCCGGCAUGCGGUUUAUGGCAAACAACGUGGACGACCUGAAGCCGAUGCUAAAGACAUUCGAAACCGUUCGGACCCGAAGAAUCCUCAAGCCGACGACGACAUCACCUUCUGUUCCGGGUAAGGCUGCUGCCUCGACUAGCCGAGAAGCAACGCCAAACAUCAACCGGUGCUACAACUGCUCGGAGUACGGACAUCAUAAGAGUGCCUGCACCCGCCCCAACCGACCACCGGGGGCUUGCUUCAAGUGUUUCCAGAUGGGGCAUAAUUACAAAAAUUGCCCAAAAGCUGUCGCGAAUGCUGCCACACAUCCGGAUACUACUGCUCGCGUUGUGACUGAUGGUACUGAAGCUCUGACGCUAGGCGAGUUACAAGAGGUAGCUCCGUAA